AUGCCGAGCUCGCAGCGAUGGACACCCCGGAAUACAUUCUCACCAGCGGGUGACCUCGAAGAAAAUGUCUUUGAAGCCGAAUUUAACGCUGAAUAUGCUGAUGGGGAAGAAGAUGACGACUUUGACGACGGCCUUGAUUUUUCCACGCCUGCGAGAGAGAUCAAGGCGGUUCAACGCGACCUUGACACAUUUUCUGUGCUCAACUAG